UCCCACCCCCUUUGAUGCUUACACCACCACUCCCCAUCAAACGAAGCCCCCAACAGCAUUGAAAACAAUCCAAUACACAGGAAAAGGUCUCCUCCACCACACCACCACCACCGCGACGCGCGAUGACCGAUCAGCCACGGCUGCGCCACAUCCGCAGCACCAGCCAAUUAAUCAAACAAACUACCGCCACCUUCAUCGCCAAUCUUCACACAUUCCUCUUUCUCUCUCUCCUGUUAUUCUCCUUCCGCUCCCUCGUCGAGAGUGGUUCCCACCUCCUCACCUCCUUCAUUGACGGAGACGCUUCUCUCAAGUCUCUCCUCUCCCGUCUCGAUUUCCCCGAUCUACACUCCUCCACUCGCCGUCUCCAUCUUCACCAUCACCAUCACCCCCGUCCCCAUCACCACCGUCGACGUCCCUUUUUACACCUGACACGUGUUGGCACUUUGGACGAUGAUUUCUUCUCCGGAGAUGACGACUUCGAUCGCCAUGUGUUCAAUCCUCUUCUCAGAAGACCUGUCAAUGGCACUUUGGUAAGUUUCUCUGACUUCGAUACCAGUUUAGGGUUUUCCAAUGAAUUCGUCAAUAGUGGAAUUGGAAUUGGAAUUUUGGAAAUGUUUCGUCAUGGCGUUACAUUUAAAACGAGUGUUAGUUUAGAGAAAUCUUUUGAUAAAGAAGAGUUAAGUUAUGAUGAUGAUAGUGAACAAGAAGGGACUCAAAAUGGUCAGGAAAUGGACAGAAUUGUAGAUUUUCAAAUGUUUAUAAAGGGACUAGAGCUGGGUCGUCGUGAUAUGACAGCAUUGUUUUUCCUUGUGAGUUUCUUGUCAGCUGCUUAUGGUUGGGUAAUCUUAGGGUUUACCGCAAUUUAUUCAUGGGUUCUGGGGAUUGUGUUUGUUACAGUAGUAAAUGAUUUGGUUGGGAGGUUUAGUUCAUUAGUUGGCGUUGUGUGGGAUGGUUCAAGAUUGGGGAUAAAAAGGCUUAGUGGUUUUAUUUUGAUGAGAUGGGCAGUUAGAGAUGCAUUGACACAGCUUCUGGGCUUGUGGUUUUUUGGGGAAAUUCAAGACCAGUACUCAUUUUUUAAGCUUUUUGUGAGGCUGAAAUUGAUGCCAUUUUCUGUUAUAUCACCGUGGAUAAGAGGGUUUGAGAAAGAGAUUUCAGGGUUCUUUAUUACAUGGUCUUUGGCAGAUACUUUUUUGGCAUUUAUAUUUGCUGUUGAUGCCUGGGUUGCCAUUGUUGAUUCAAGGAGGACUGGAAGAGAGAUAGUUAAAGAAGGUUGUUAUUUGUUAUUAACAAUGAUGAAUCAGGCUAUACAGAUUAAAUGUAUGGAGGCUAUACUUUGUGGAUCAUUUGCAAGGUGGGCAUUGGAUCAUGUGUUUGGGAAAUCUUUUGCUAUGAUUUUACAGUCAACUGUGGAGGUUUACUUUAUGGUGGCUUGGCUAAUAUAUUAUUUUGCCGCAAGGUCUAGGAAUGCUCAUGUGGAGGGAAGGAGGUUUGGGCGGAGGGAAUUGGAGGGCUUGGUUGAUGGACAUAGAUGAAAUUAGUAGAUAAUGGCAUGAAAGUUUCCCUUGCAGUUGCGGGCUUCAAUUGAAUGCUAAAAUUAGUGGUUAUCUCUUCAGGCUAUGUCUUCCCGUUUUGCAGUCCCAUUGAUGUAGAACUGCCUCUGUCUGGUGUAUUCGCCAAAGAUAUGUUGUAUGUACUUUAAAAACAAGAUGAUACAUUACUUGUGUAUAUUUUCCACAAGGAUGCUUUAUGUGAAUAUUUUGUUGGCAUCAUUGUUUUAAAUGCACUGCAGUACCUGUUUCUGGUGAUGGCAGUAUACCUGAGAAUGGUAAUCGAUUUACCCCUGUUCAGAUA